UUUGUGUAGUUGAACAGUUGUUUGUUUCUCUCUCAGGAUGUUUAGGUACACUUUAGCCCAGAGUGGCCUUGGUGUGUUGGCUCUCCGGAGGGCUUAUGUGCUUACCCGAUUUGCUCACUCUGCCCCGAAGAAUGAGUAUCGACCAAUCAAGAAAGUGAUGGUGGCCAAUAGAGGUGAGAUCGCCAUCCGUGUGUUCAGAGCCUGCACCGAGCUGGGGAUUCGAACCGUGGCAGUGUAUUCAGAGCAGGACACUGGACAAAUGCACAGGCAGAAGGCGGAUGAGGCUUACCUGAUUGGGAAAGGCCUGCCACCUGUUGCAGCAUACCUGCACAUUCCAGACAUCAUCAGAGUUGCCAAGGUAACGAGUUUUCACCUUCACAAAAGUAACUCUUCCACUUCACCUGUAUGGUGGUUCACAUGUCUCAAGAGAAACUUGGAAGAGCUAACAAAGACACAAUAAAGCCACUGGGAAGUACAGC